CAGGAGCGAAUUCGGCCCCACGCACUGAACAAUAAUGAAAAAUACUAAAGUUCUGCAGGGCUGCCUGGGACUCCUGUUCUGCUCCAUCCACGGCCUGCUGGGUUCUGCCCUGGACUGCCCGGACCGGGACGCUGGAGGGACCCGGUGCAGCAUCUCUGUGGAGAAGCUUCUGGAUCGAGCCAUCCAGCAUGCAGAGCUCAUCUACCGUGUCUCUGAGGAGGCUAGGACACUGUUUGAGCAAAUGUUCAUUCCUUUCUCCUUCCACGCUCAGCAAAGCCAUGGAGGCCACCUGUGCACCUCCAACAUCUUCCCCAUCCCGACGUCCAAAAGCGAAGUCCAGCAGAUUUCAGACAAAUGGCUCCUCCACUCCGUCCUGAUCCUCAUCCAGUUCUGGAUUGAUCCCCUGGUGGAGCUGCAGGCUUCUCUGGAUCGCUACGACAACGCCCCCAGCGACCUGCUCAACAAGACCAAGUGGAUGUCCACCAAGCUGAUGAAUCUGGAGCAGGGAGUGCUCGUCCUCAUCAGGAAGAUGCUGGAAGAGGGAAGCCUGGAGCUGCAUAACAACGAGAGUGUGACGCCGUACCUGUUGCCCACGGACAUGGUGGAGCACGUGCUGAGGGACUACGCCAUGCUGUCCUGCUUUAAGAAGGAUGCUCAUAAGAUGGAGACGUUCCUCAAAUUCCUCAAGUGCCGCCAAACCAACCGGCCCAGUUGUUCCAUUUUGUAGCAUUAAGCCAGAAUAAUCAGGCCCAGUGACUUUCCAGGAGAUGAAGAUGGAAUGGAAAUAGAAUUGUACAAACAGAGAUAAUACUAAUGAUACUGUUCUACUGAAGACUAUCUACAUACGGUCUUCAUGACACAUGCGUAAAGAUUUAAUAAAAAUAUUUAUAAAGCAA